AAAAAAAAUAAUAAAAUAACAUAAAAAGUUUUCAUCGUGUUUCGCCUUUGAGAAGAGUUGAAAAAAAAACUAAACAACAUCCAAAGAGCGCAAAACGAAGAUGGAUGAAUAAAACUGUGCAAAUAAGGCAUUUAUAGCACAACACAUUUCUCUUCAACCGAAACAGCGAAAGCAAAUGACCGCAAGAAUGCUUUAAAAUUUUGAAUUUUAUUGGAUCUUUAAGUGGAAAAAAGUUUACUAUAAAAUAAGAAGUCAACGAAACCAUGAAACACAAAUGCACUGUGAUGACGUCAUUGCUCGUUUUCCUCACUGUCAUCGCUCAUCUUGCGAUAUGCGCAACAUCAGAGCUGAGCGACACGUUUUCUGAGUGCAAUUAUGAGACGUUGGAUGAAUCGCGACUGCUGGCGAUGUCAGAUAGACAACAAAACAUUAGCAACACUAAAUUACUGUCAUGUACAUUUAAGAAAUUACCAAAAACUUUCCCUUUGUCAUCUGCCAAGAGCUUAGAGAAUCUUAAAAUUAAAUGUGAUAAAAUUUUCUUUUACGACACGAGCAAGUCGAAUUUCUUUGAUAAUUUUGAGAAUUUAAAGAAUUUGUUUAUUGAGAAUUGUGAUGGAAAUUUUCUUAGAAACUUUGGCUCAUUGAAAUCGCUCAAUGGUUUAACGAUAAGAAAUUACAAAGCUUUUUGGGGUCGUUUCGAAGAUAUUAUGGACGAUACUGGAUCGUCAAAUGAUUACGAACCGUUUGAGAAUCUCUCGAAUAUAAAAAGUCUCGAUAUCAGUGCAAACUCAAUUCAAGAACUUCAUCGGAAUUUCUUUUGUGACUUUCACAAAUUGAGUUUCCUUAAUUUAUCGUCAAAUCAAAUUUACAACUUGACAAAUUUUCAAUUCUCUUCGUCUCGUCUCUCACCGUUGCCCAUAAAAAAUUGCGUAUUUUCAAUGUCAUAUUUGAUACUUACAGGCAAUCAACUCAAUUUCCUUCCAUUUUCAUUCUUCUCCAACUUCGUUAAUCUCAAAGUUCUCCGUCUCAAUCGAAAUUCCAUUUCAUUCAUUGAGAAUUUCGUGUUUUCCAAUCUCAAGCAAUUGGACAUGCUGGAUUUGAGUGAGAAUAAAAUUCAAAAUAUUCAACCUGAAUUAUUUGACAAUUUGCAGAAUCUCCGAACACUUAAUUUGGAGAAAAAUUCCAUGAAAAUUCUGCCACCCGAAAUUCUUACCAAUCUUAAAAAGCUUGAGCUGUUAAAUUUGUCGUCCAAUUUCCUUUCAUCCAAUUGGAUUAAUUAUAUGACAUUCAAGAACCUUUUCAAUUUACGUCUGUUGGAUCUUGGCUACAAUAAAAUUACAUCGCUAGAAAAUUCAAUUUUCUCUGAUCUUAACGCGCUUGAAGUUCUGGAUUUGAAGAAUAAUUUGAUUGAAAAUAUUGCAUUGGAUACGUUCGCGAACCUCACAAGUUUAACAUCGCUCGUUCUUUCACAUAACUUCAUUAAGAAUGUUAAUUUUUCUCUCAAUUCCCUCGUGAGUUUGAAUGUUCUUUCAUUGGAUUUCAACGAAAUUUAUUCAGUCGAAAAGCACCUGGUAGCCAAUUCAAUGAAGUUAGUGGACCUUCACUUAAACAAUAAUAAAUUUUUCCGCGUGCCUAACUUUGUCGAAAAUUUUCAAUUCUUGAAAUUCCUCGAUCUUGGUGAAAAUUUUAUUAAGAAUCUUUCAGACCUUCAACAAUUCCCAAACCUCAAAUAUUUGUAUGGGUUAAGAUUGACGGAGAAUCAAAUUGAAAGUUUAGAAAGAGAUCAUUUUAUGCAUCUAAAGAACCUGCAGAUUGUUAAUUUAUCAAAGAAUCGCAUCCGACAAAUUGAUCGAGAAACAUUUGCGGCAAAUGAUUUUCUUCAAGCAAUUCGUCUCGAUGGAAAUUCCAUUAAAAAUAUUGAUUACAUGUUUGAGAAUUUAACUCAGUUAGUUUUCUUGAACAUUUCAGAGAAUCUUCUCGAAGUCUUUGAUUAUGAAAACUUCCCUAAAAAUCUCCAAUUUCUUGAUAUUUCCAAAAAUCAAAUCAAUGUCAUCAAAAACCCGAACGAAAUCUCACAAAAUCUCAAGACACUCAAUCUUAACUACAAUCAUUUAACGGAGAUUUCAGCCUUUGUGCUGCCGCGCAAUCUCGAAGAUCUUUAUCUUCAACGGAAUCUUAUUGAAAAGAUUUCUCCGUAUACAUUCCUUAAAAAGCCCCUUCUCAAGACUGUCGAUCUGAAGUUCAACAAGAUUUCACAUAUCAGCGAAAACUCUUUGAGAAUUUCAACGACAAAGAAUGACGAGAAACUGCCUGAAUUCCAUCUUGCAGGAAAUCCACUCGUCUGUGACUGUCACUUAAAGUGGAUGUGGCAAGAUAAUGGAAAUCAUGGUGGCGUCCAGUCAAAGACGCGUCAUUUUGAUGUUGACAAUCCAGAACAUUUUCCUUAUCUUUUAGAAGAAGAAGCUCAUUCCGAAGAUUCAUCACGCAAUUACCCUUCAUAUGCUGCUCAAAAAAUGGACGAAUUCGAUAACAAUUAUCCGCCAAUGAACACCGGAAAUUAUGUUGAUAAUUAUCCAUCCGGAAAGGUUCAUCAUCAGAAUGCAAAUGGCGUACGAACACAACCGAAAAUCAUUGACUUCGAUCAAAUGACAUGUUCGUUUUCAAACAACCCCGAAAAAAUUCCCAUUCGACGUCUCAACCCUAACUUAUUCCUUUGCAAGUACAACAAUAUGUGCACGAAAGGCUGUCAAUGUUGUGAGAACUUUUCAUGUGAUUGUCAACAAAAAUGUCCUGACAAAUGUAAUUGUUAUCAUAAUACUAACUGGGAUAUAAAUUUUGUCAAUUGCUCGGCAGCCAAUUAUUCAAAGUCAUUGCCUAACUCCAUUCCAAUGGAAGCGACUCAUCUCCAUCUUGAUGGCAAUAAUUUUGAAUCAAUUAAAGACUUUGCAUUCAUUGGCCGACGAUCACUAAGAAUUCUUUAUUUAAAUCGUUCUCAUAUCCAGCAGCUGACGAAUCGAACGUUUUUCGGAUUGAAGAAUUUGGAGCUGUUGAGUUUAAAACAUAAUGAAUUGCAACAUUUGAAUGGCGACGAGUUCAACGAGUUGGAGAGUCUAAAAUAUCUUUUUCUUCAAAGCAACCGUCUAAAGUUUAUCGAUCGUAAAACUUUUGUCCAAUUAAAACAACUUCAAGUAUUGAAAUUGAAUGGCAAUGUUUUAACGACAUUUGAUUUGACGUUCCUACCACAAAAUGUGAUUCAAGUAGACAUUAGUGAAAACGUACUCGAGUGUGACUGCGAGUUGAUAAAAAACUUGAAGGUUCACAAUGCGAUUCAGCAUCGUAACAUACUUAAAUGUCAUCCAAAUCAGACACGCGGUGAAUAUUUCAAUAUCAUGAACGAGACGAAUUUUUGUAGCGAGAAGCUUGCGCUUUCAAAUAUGUUUUUCUUCGAGAAGAAUCUUCCAAUAUUCUUGAUAGUUUUCCUAUCGUGCUUAUUCUUCUUGAUUAUCAUUUUUGUCUUCCAUCAACGAAUCAUGUUCUGUUGUUAUAAGAAGUUUAAUUUACGCUUUUGCAAGAAGCGAAACGACAAGAACAAAUUCUUUGAUGGAUUUUUAAUAUUCAGCAAGAAAGACGAGAAUUUCCUCAUUGAUGAUUUCCUUAAGCAUUUCGAGACGACUGAAGGAAAUUUCUACAAAUUCUUUCUUUUCUUCCAUGACUUCUCCAUCUUCAACGAGCAAAUAUUGAAGAAUUGCGAGAACUCACAGAAAAUUGUUCUCUUCCUAUCGGAAAACUUUUUAAAGAAUGAGUGGAGAAAAAUUGAAUUUAAGAAAAUAUUUUACGAGAUUCUCAAAACAAAGAAGCGAAAGAAGUUGAUAAUUGUUUUCUUAGAUAAUUUCGAUAAUAAAAAUUUCGACCCAGAAUUAAAGUUAAUUCUCAAAACAAACUUCAUUCUUCGAUGGAGUGAGAAACUGUUCUGGGAGAAAUUUAAAUUCUUUUUGCCAAGCUUAAGUCGUAAUGCUCAAUUACAACACCAACCACAAGCGGCACCGCGUGACCCAGAAAACUUCUGUCAAAAUUUCCAUCUCAACAAUUUGCACAAUAACCAAAAUCAGCAGCGAAAUCUCACAUCGAUACACAUUUAGCGAUAAGCUUUAACAAGAGCUAGUAGAUGACGAGGUACACUGCACUGUAAAGCAGAAAAAAGAGUUAUUCAAGGUGACUAAAAUGUAAAAAAAAUGUAAAAUGUGAAUAAUAUUUGUUACUACCUAGCAAUUCGAGUCACAGUGUGAGCUUGUGGCUUUGAAUUUUACACAAUGU